GCACCAGAUUGACAUUGUAACUUGUGUGAUUUGGGUGCAAGCUAUAUUCUUCGUGGAAUUGAACAUAGAAACUUAGUUUGAGAAACCUGGGCAGAACAUGGAAGUUUUGUCAAGAAGACUCAAUGAGAGAUGUUGCCACACUUCGUUAUUAUCUCCUUUUCAGGCUUUGUAGAAAUUUCUUUUACCUCUUGUCACAAUUUGAUUCAUGCCAUUAUUUUCACGCAGGCAAAGGAGGAGUUACUCACAACAUGUUGGAUGAUAUUCACAAUCACUGGAAGAGAGCCGAAGCGGUUAGGAUUAAGAGCCUGGGAGUGCCGACACUUGACAUGGACAAUGUUUGCUUUCACCUUGAGGACAAAUCUGGCGGGAAGAUAAUUUACCGCAAUAUCAAUAUCCUCCUCUUGUAUCGAGGUCGACAUUAUGAUCUGAAGCAAAGACCAGUUAUACCCCUCAUACUGUGGAAGCUGUUGAGAGAUCAACCUUCUGCACCAAUAUACCCGAAGCUUGUGAAGAAUGUUGCAGAAGGGUUGACAUUUGAGGAAACAAAAGAAAUGAGAAACAGAGGAUUGAACUCUCCCCCUUUAACGAAACUUACAAGGAAUGUCGUGUAUGUCAAUGUGGUGGAGAAAGUUAGGGAAGCAUUCAAGACUGAAGAGGUUGUGAGGUUAGACUGCAAACACGUGGGUACAAGCGACUGCAAACUGAUUGGCGUGAAACUUAGAGAUUUGGUACCUUGCGUUCCUAUAUUAUUUAAGGACGAGCAGAUCAUCCUCUGGAGGGGGAAGAGAGAUACUGAAUCAACCUCCACUUCACAUAGGACCUUAAAUUAGACAUACUGGGAGACCUGCCAGGAAAAUUGGUUGUGAUGUGGUACACUUUAUGCUAGAGCAUUUUUUGAGUGGAGACUCUAGAUAUUCUGGCGUACGAUAAAUCGAGACACCGUUGCUUGGAUGAAGACAUUGUGCAAGAAGGCCCUGGGCCUUUAAGAAACUUGACUUCCCAUCUUUUGGGACGCUUGCUGUCUCAAUUUGAGUUUAGAGUAUGGCAAUGCUAGAGUUUUAACCGGCAACUCCUCCAUGACAAUGUACUCUAGUCCCCUUUUCUUUAUGGACCUUUUGUUUCUUGAAGUAGUUGGGACUUACAUCCCAGGUUUUGAGUUCCCUUUCAUCUCAUUAGGCCGUGAUAUGUAAAUCGAUCAUACGAAUCAGUAUAUUGAUUCUGAUGUAAAGGAAAUCAUGCAUAGUAAGUACAGAAGUGUUGUAUUCAUUUUCAUGCUUUAAGUCCUCGUAUCUUUCGUGGUAGGGAUGUUGAAUCAAGAUCACUCUUAGCCUGCGAAAGCUGUUAGGUGUAGGCUUGUGAGGAGUGAAAGGAUCAAAGGAUAGUCCACGGUAUAUCUGGUGCUGUUUCUUUCGUGGGAAUUUAAACAAAAUCAGUUAUUUUUCCUCA